CAGACGCAUUCUAAACCACCAGAAAAAGAGGCUUCCCACAGUCUAGUGGAAGGGAGACCGUGUACAAAAGACCCACCCCAACAGUUACCAGCCAUUCCUAAUCUUAAAAAGAAGUCUGCACCUAGCAGGGAUAAUAGUGCCUUCUCAAAAUUACUGCACAAGAGAACAACAUCUAUUCCCAAAAUCCAGACCAUCCAGCCCCACAAGACCCUGAGCACACCAUCGGUCUGGAGGAGAUCCUCCUCUGCAACAAGAAGCCAGGCGUUUGAUACGCUACAGAUGAGUCACGCCAAGAGCGGAGCACCAAAAGACAAUCUCAUGGUUGUACUCUCUUGGGCAGAUGUGGUGAGAUUAGGUACCAAAAAACCACAAGCACACGUUGUUAUAAAACAUGGUCUUGAGAGAAGGAUAACAAAAAAGCAGAGGAGAUUAACCCCGAAGAAGCCUGCAAACCACUCACAGAAUCACUUAGCAAACUCUCCCCGCACCCUAGUGAUUGGGAGAGCUCAUAUUGAAAAAGUGACUGUGCCUGUGUGGCCCUGUAGGAUGCUGAACAACUUUGUUUUCAACCCUAAGAUGGAUAUGAAUGAGGAUUUCGCAGGAUUAGCAGACAUGUUGGAAACCACUAUCAAACAGAAAACUGCAAACGUGUCUCCUGAGAUUGGCACAAAUUUACACAAGUGCUCUUCAGGAGACGAAGACCCUUUAGAACGUAGAUCAGAUAAUGACUGUAGAGCUACAGCUACACCUGUAACAUCAAAUGCGCAGGCCAACACUUUUAACGUCAAAGGAACUACCUCUUUAAAAAUAAAAUCAAAUAAAGAGCCAUCUGUCACUGAUCAGCCAAGAAUUUCCUCACCAAAUGAAGAGCACUCUCGGACGGGAGCCAACAAAAUAAGUCUAAAGCCAGGUGGUGUGUCUGUAGAUGUGCAGGCUGCCCCAGGAACUGUAACACCAAAUUACAUCAAUGAACCAGGAGGCAUGAAGAAAGUCAUAAGAACCCCAGAGGGAAAAACAAAAACAGAAGACCUAACUGGCCUCAGAGUGCCUAUGGCAACUCCAACAUCAAUGGCGGCAGAACUGAAAGUAGACAAAGAAAACAAAGUGGCAGAGUCUGCUGUGGAUGAUGCAAAUUCUGUUCAGGAAAAUCUUGGGACAACCCCAAAGGAAACUGAAAUCCAAAAGAAGCUGAUGAGGACAGCAGAGCAGCAAACUGAGGCAGAGGAUCUCCCCAAGCAGCUCAUGAAGACUCCUAAACUAAAAUGUGGCUCCGUGGAGCAUCUGACAACAGUGGUCAAGAGACCGAUGAGAACUCCUAAGGACAAAUUGGAAGUAGGGGAGGAGGAGGUGGGUGGCAAUGAAAGAUCAAUGAUGAGUUCGCCUAAGGAAAAAAGCAACCAAAAUAUGAACAUUAGGCCACCUCUUAGGCAGAAAGGGCCAUCUGAAGAUCUGGUAGGCCUCAAAUAUAACAGAAAUCAACCUGCGCAUAUUCAAAAGAAAAACACAGAAGAGCAGGCAUGCCUCAAAGAGCUUAGGAUGACUAUUCCAAAGCAAAUCCAAAACUGAAGCAUAAACAAGUCCCUCCUAAUAAAACAAGUA